UCAAACACACCACUGUCACAUUUAUAAAUAAAAAGUUGCAUUUUGGAAAAGUUUUUGUUAUGAAAUUAUUUUAACGCAAAAUUUAUCAAAGAAACUUAAAACAAAAACAAUGAAUAAUUUAAGAUUUAUCAGGGAAAUCAGUAAAUUCAGACAACAAUGGCCGGUGAGAACGGUCCAACGCACAAUGGGACAGAAAGUUGAAUCUAUAGCCAGCAAACAGCGUACACAAACCGAUGAAGAGGUGGACAAUGAACCCAUUAAAUUUUUCGGCAGCCAGGCGGCUACAUGGCGUGCUAAGGAUACUAGAAGUGGCGGUUCCGAUGAACAUUUAUGGUAUCAGCCUUAUGUUAUAUCCGCCAGUUUGGCAGUAUUUCUUCUUUAUUUCUGUGUGCUGCGCGAAGAAAGUGAUAUUGAUUUGAAGUUGGAGGGAAGUUUGUUUGAACAUGUUCAGGGUUUGGAAGAGGUGCAAUUAACCAUGAAUUAUAAGUAUAAUAAGGAAAAUGGUUUGGAUAAUAAGGAAGUUAUCCAGAGGCUAAGUGCUUUGGGUAUUGAUGUUAAGUUAUUAGAUGCUGAAAUUGCCCAAGGUAAAUAAAGUUGUUUGUUUGGUUGAUAAUCUUAA